AUGGCGGUUUGGCUGCUCCUGGGCGUUGUGCUCUGCGCGGCGCACGCGGAACCUGAUGUGGAGAAAGUCUUCGAACAGUAUCUGAAGGAUUUCAACAAAAAGUAUGCAAGCGGCGAGAGGCAACUGCGUUUCGCUGCAUUCAAGGAGAACUAUGAGCACAUCGUGCUGGAGAAUGCGAAGGGGCAUUCAUACACUCUUGGCCUGAACAACUUCACGGACAUGACCUCCGAGGAGUUUGAGAGAACCCGCUUGGGCCUGCGCAAGCCAAUUCAGCAGCGGACGCCAGGAAGUGUCCAUUCCCCAAAACUACCGAGAACUUCCCUGCCCAGCUCGGUGGAUUGGCGAAACCACGGAGCUGUGACGCCUGUGAAGAACCAGGAGCAGUGCGGCUCCUGCUGGGCGUUUAGUGCCACCGGCGCCUUGGAAGGCGCAUGGGCCAUUGCCACGGGAUCUUUGGUCUCCCUAUCUGAGCAACAGCUCAUUGACUGUUCUGGCAGCUUUGGCAAUGAGGGCUGCAAUGGUGGCGAGAUGGACGACGCGUUCCAAUACGAUGAGCAAACUGCGCUUUGCACAGAGCAGAGCUAUCCCUACAUGGCCGAGACCGGCACGUGCGAGACCUCGAGCUGCACAGUCGCGAUUCCAGCCUACAGCGUGCACAGCUACGUGGACGUGCCCACUGAUGACGAGAGGGCCCUGAUGGACGCCGUUGCACAACAACCGGUCUCCGUUGCCAUCGAGGCAGACAAGCGUGCCUUCCAGAACUACCAGAGCGGCGUGCUCAGCAAACUCUGCGGCACCAAGUUGGAUCAUGGCGUCCUGGUUGUGGGCUAUGGAAGCCAGUGGGGCAAAGACUACUGGCUGGUAAAGAACAGCUGGGGUGCGUUCUGGGGCGAGAACGGCUAC